GUGCUCCAAUUAUGGCAUGCACAUCGGCCAGAACUGCUACUGUCUGCUGGUGUUCUGCUGGCCAUUGUGCGUCUCGUGUUGCACUGGAGAAGCACCAAGGCCAAACCGCUCCUCACCCCGCCACUCGGCACUCCCAUCGACGAAAAGCCCUUUCCACUUCCUGAGAAACAGGCGCUCCAGGAUCAGCCUGUUCCUGAGACGGCCGCGACUCAGCCCACCAAGAGCAAAGGACCCAAGCGCGUCAAAGGUGUUCGCACUGUGAAGCGCAAAGACAGUCCCGUCCAAACCAUCAGCCAAAUACAGCCGUACGUCUUUUACUAUUCCUUAGGAGGCUCCACACAAGCAUACGCGGAGAGACUGGCUGCGACGAUUGAACCCAACGACCGCGUGAGGGCUCCUAUCGUCCAUGACUUGACCGAGAUCGACUACGAUGACUUCUUCAUAUCUGCGCCCAAACUGGUGACAGACGGUCUGGCUGCCUUCUACUACGUCCUCCUCCCGUCCUACAAUAUCGAUACUGAGCUGUCCAAUUUUCUCUCACACCUGGAUGAGACUCACCAUGAUUUCCGAAUCGACGACCAGUCCUUGUCUGGUCUUGCGGGCUACAGUGUCUUUGGCUUUGGAGACAGGCAGGAAUGGCCAACGGAGCAAGAAGGAUAUUGCAGUCAAGCUAUCGAAGUGGACAAGUGGAUGGCCAAGCUGACGGGGAGAAAGAGGGCCUUCCCACUAGGCAUGGGAGACGUGAAGGGUGACGAUAUCGAGCUGAGGCUGGAGGAAUGGAGGAGAGGUGUGUAUAGCAUUGUGGAAGAUCUGAGUACCGGGCAAGGAUUGGGAGAAGGUGCCGUGGGGAGUGGAGAUCCUGCAGAAAGUGGAGAUGAGAUUUCCGAGGAUGAGGAUGAUGGUGAAGUACUAUUCCCUGUUCAAGGAAAGAUCUCGAAGCGCACAACCACCGACGAUCUCGAAGAUAUAAAAGCCCCAAUACCAGUCGAUUUCACUACCACCUCUACAAAGAAGGCCUCUGCGCCAGCUGUGCCGAAGGCCAUGGUGCCCAAAGAGUCGCCGACAUAUUCAUCUCUCACCAAGCAAGGCUACACCAUUGUCGGCUCUCAUUCCGGCGUCAAGAUCUGCCGCUGGACGAAAUCUGCCCUCCGUGGCCGAGGCUCCUGCUACAAGUUCUCAUUCUACGGCAUUGCCUCUCAUCAAUGCAUGGAAGCAACGCCUUCCCUCGCCUGUGCCAACAAAUGCGUCUUCUGCUGGCGCCAUGGCACUAACCCUGUCGGGACGAGUUGGCGCUGGACGGUCGACCCUCCCGACCAAAUCUUCCAAGGCAUGACAGCAGGCCACUACCAAAAGAUUAAACAGCUGCGCGGGGUUCCAGGAGUGCGGGCAGAACGAUUUGCAGAGGGGAUGCGAAUUCGUCAUUGUGCACUCUCUCUCGUCGGCGAACCAAUUUUUUAUCCACACAUCAACGAGUUGCUUGCUAUGCUCCAUGCGCAGCAUAUAUCUUCUUUCCUCGUGUGUAACGCGCAACAUCCUGAUCAACUCGCCUCUCUCGGUCCCGUCACACAACUAUAUGUCUCCAUUGACGCAUCAAAUAAGGAGCAACUUCGAAAGAUUGAUCGUCCUCUUCAUCGGGAUUACUGGGAACGUUUCACGAAGUGCAUGGACAUCCUUCGAGAGAAGCGAUUUACCCAUCGUACUGUCUUUCGACUGACCCUUGUCAAAGGCUUUAACAUUGAUGAAGAAGCGCAAGGGUACGCGGAUCUCGUUGAACGCGCCCUACCGGGGUUUGUCGAAGUGAAAGGGGUGACAUAUUGCGGGACGUCCACGUCCAAAGGGGCAGGUCUGUCGAUGGAGAACGUUCCAUUCUAUGAAGAAGUUCAAUCUUUCGUUCUUACACUUGAAAAGGAGUUGAAAAAACGAGGACUGGAUUAUGGGAUCGGCGCCGAACAUGCACAUUCCUGUUGUAUCCUGCUAGCAGACAAGACUCGGUUCUGGACUCCUCUGAAGAGCAGUGAGGAUCGGCAGAGAACCGCAUAUGAAGGUCCUGGGCGUUAUCAUACGCUGAUUGAUUAUCCCGCGUUUUUCAAGUGCGUCGAAAGUGGCAAAGCCUUUGGCCCUGAAGACUACAGGGGAGGCGAGACUGCUGAGUGGGCUCUAUGGGGAAAUGGAGGGUUUGAUCCGAGAGAUGAGAGGGUGGAUCGGAAGGGCAGA